AUGUCUGUUCGGUCUAUUAUCCGUGCUGGCCUCCUCUACCAGCUUGCCCUUCCUGCUCUGGGUGCCGUUCAUGAGCAAUUGGCCGCCGUUCCCAAUGGAUGGACCAAGGUCCAGGAUGCUGAUGACUCAACCACCAUCUCCCUGACCGUCGCUCUAAAUUACCAGAAUCUUGAUCAGCUCGAGUCCAAGUUGAUUUCUGUCUCCACCCCGGGGCAUCCCGAGUACGGAAAGCACUUGGACCUGAACGACAUCAAUGCCUUGUUCCCCCCCGCCAGCGAUUCGUCGGUCGUUUCCUGGCUGAAAGACGCCGGUGUCUCUCAGAUCCACACUACCGGUAGCUCCGUCAAUUUCGCUACCACCGUCGGUACGGCUAACAAACUCCUCAACACCAACUUUGCCUACUACUCUGAUGGAGCUGGUCAGAAGCUGCGUACGACGCAGUAUUCCAUCCCGGAUCACCUCGCCGGCGAUAUCGACUUGAUCUCGCCCACAACCUACUUCGGAAAGACAACCGCCGUCCGUAGCGUUGUGUCUAUUGCCAACACAGGCGUAAAAUCCAUUGAUGUGGAUGCGUCUUGCAACAAAUCGAUCACCCCUUCUUGCCUGAAGGAACUGUACGGCGUCGGUGACUAUGUGCCAGACCCCGCAUCUGGGAGCCGGGUUGCCUUUAGCAGCUUCCUGAACCAAUCAGCUACCUACGCGGACCUGAACGAUUACGAAGCGAAGUUCGGCAUUCCCUCGCAGAGUUUCAGUGUCGAGUUGAUCAACGGGGGCGUCAAUGACCAAAACCCAGUCACUGCUCAGAACGGUGAAGCGAACUUGGAUGUGCAGAACAUCAUCGGAGUCAGCCAUCCGCUCCCCGUUACGGAGUAUAUCACUGCUGGAUCACCCCCUUUUGUUCCCAAUGUGGAUGAGCCCACGCCCGCGGAUAACCAGAAUGAGCCAUACCUGCCAUACUAUGAGUAUCUUCUGUCGAAGCCCAACUCGGAGCUUCCUCAGGUGAUCUCCAACUCGUAUGGUGAUCCUGAAGAGACCGUGCCUGAGUAUUACGCUAAGAGGGUGUGCAACUUGAUUGGCCUGAUGGGUCUCCGUGGUAUCUCGGUUCUGGAGUCUUCUGGCGAUCUUGGUGUCGGCGCUGGCUGCCAGUCCAACGACGGAACAAAGAGCCCCAGAUUCACACCAGUUUUCCCAGGCACCUGCCCUUAUAUCACUGCUGUGGGCGGCACGCAAGCUGUCGCCCCAGAGGUCGCAUGGGUUGCCAGCUCCGGCGGAUUCAGCGACUACUUCCCCCGUCCAUGGUACCAGGAAGCCGCCAUUGGCACCUACCUGUCGGCAUUCGUUGCACCCGAGACGAUUGAUUAUUAUUCCAAGUUUGCCAACUUUAGCGGUCGUGGAUUCCCCGAUAUUUCCGCCCACAGUUUGACUCCUGACUACGCUAUCUACUACAACGGUACCCUAUCUCGCUCCGGAGGUACCUCAGCAGCCUCCCCGACCGUUGCGGCCAUCCUGGCCCUACUCAACGAUGCCCGUUUCCGCGCCGGAAAACCGGCGCUGGGAUUCGUGAACCCUCUCCUCUACACCAUUGGCUGGGUAGGCCUCAAUGAUAUCACGCUCGGGGCCUCCGAUGGCUGCAACGGAGAAGACCUACAGACGGGACAACCCGUACCAGGAGCCAGCGUUAUUCCCGGAGCGCACUGGAAUGCGACUAUCGGAUGGGACCCGGUGACUGGGCUGGGAACGCCUAACUUCGAGAAGCUGAAGGAGAUUGUAUUGGCUCUGUAG